GAGCGGCAUCACGCGUUUCCGCUGGCGCCGCGCUCUGAUUGGCCGAAGGCGACCGGACUUCCGGUGCGUCGCUCGGCUGCGUCAGAGGACGGUGCUGGCGGACGGUGAAGCCCGCUGUCAUGGCGGCGCGCAGAGCUGCCGUCCGGGCCGUGGACUGGGCCGCCUUCGCCGAGCGGGUUCCCGCCAACCAACGCGCCAUGUUCAACGCGCUCAAGACCCGAAGCGACGCGCUGAGCGCGCGGUUGGCUGCGCUCCCCGAGAAGCCCCCCACCAUCGACUGGGCUCACUACAAGGCGGCUGUGGCGAAAGCCGGCAUGGUGGAUGAGUUCCAGAAGAAGUUCAGCGCACUGAAGGUCCCUGAACCAGUGGAUAAUCAAACUGCCAAAAUUGAUGCCCAAGAGCAGGAAGCUGCUAAGAACAUUGUUGAGUAUGUGAAGGCUUCCAAGGCUCGUAUUGCUGAGUAUGAGCAGCAACUUCAGAAGCUCAAAAGCAUGAUUCCAUUUGAGCAGAUGACUUUUGAAGACUUGCAUGAAGCUUUCCCUGAAACCAGGCUGGACAAGGAGAAGUAUCCGUUCUGGCCACACAAACCCAUUGCUGAUCUGUAAACUGGCUUGGAAGCAGUUUAUCUGAUGACUAUCAGAAUGAAUUAUCUUAAAUAAAAGUGUUUUCCCUCCUG